UUCCCGACAUUGCACAAUAUAAAAAACUACGUUUGUAUCGAGGUAUGAACGAUGCUGUUGAAAUGCUUUAUAAAAAUUCGUAUCGUUUGGCUUUGAGUUCUGAACAAACAUUAAAAGGUUUUGGGGAUAAUUAUGAGAAAGUAGAGCAAUUAAAGGUUGAAAUCGAUAAAGAAAUUGCUGGUAUAUCAAGUAAAUAUGGAUUAAGCGUGGAGAAAGGAGAUAUAAAGAAAAAUGGAUUUUCUAGUACUAGACGAUAUUUAAAGAAAAUUAGAAAGUUGGAUGACGAUUUGUAUGCUCUUUUGAAAACCGAAAAAAGAAAUCAAGUGAGAAAUGAGUUAAAAAUUGAUAGAAAGGAAUUACAAAGUUAUAAAGAUAGUUUGAAGAACCUUUAUGAAAUAGAAAAAUUGGGGAAUGAUUUGUUAGAGUCUGACAAAUUCUAUAAAAAUACAAUUUUUGGUUAUUUAAAAAGAAUUGAGAAGGAAGAGAGAAAGAUUGAUAGCGAGAAAUUUUUAAAUGAAAGCUUUGAUUCAAAAGGGAGUAGCUUUGGCUUUGGAGGGACAUCAAAGGGGAGCAGCAGCUUUGGCAGCGUUGGAGAGACUUCAGGUUCAGACUCUUCCGGUCGUAUUCUUCCGACUCUCAAAAUUAAAGCUGAUUCGAGUUUGAAAUCAUGUGGAAGUAGUAACUCUAAUUCACCACGACUUUGGUUUUCUACACUUUGUGCAUCAAAGAAACAGACUGUUGAGUCUCUGAGAAAAAAUUCUACAAAUAUUAAAGGUUAUUUUUAA